AUGGAAUCACAUGACUAAAUUUGAGGGAACGCCAUGGGUAGAGGAACGUUUGCGUUGAAUGGUUGUUGGGACUCGCGUGGAGCCUACCUUUUAUGCAAGUUGUUGAAUAUAGCCUAUAUUUAAUCCGUAGUCACAAGGCUGGAAUUGGAACAGAAGGCUGGAAGUACACAGACAAUCUCAAAAAUGCAUUUUGUGGUCCGACGAUACAGGCCCUCCGACAAGGAUGCUGUGUUAACCCUGUUCUGUGAUGGCAUCUUGGAGCACAUCAACCCUUCGUUCUACAACGCCAUUAGCAACCCUGUCAAUGUGGGCGUCGCCCUGUUCCUUUCUAUGGCUGGGUACAUGCUGGGAGGUGGGUCUACUCUCUGGGCCUUGCUGUCGGCUGGAGCCUGGGUAGGUCUGGUCUACUACUGCUGCAGCCAACUGUACGCUAGCUUCGUCAGAGAGAGGCUGCGCACGGACAUGCAGGACAUUCCAGGAUGCUACCUGAGCCACCCCGACAACUGCUUCUGGGUGGCUGAGACUGAGGUCAACGGCUGGGUUGAGAUUUUAGGUAUGGUGGCCGUUGUGGCCAAAAAGGUGGUGGGAGGAAGAGACGGGGAGAUGAGCGGUGAACUAUUCAGGAUGAUUGUAUCGAGGAAGUGUCGUCGGACAGGACUCGGUUCCAGGAUGACCCAGACCGUUAUUGACUUUUGUAAAGAGCGAGGGUUCUCUAAGGUCGUCCUGGAAACCAGUUCCAUCCAGACUUCUGCAGUGGCCCUGUAUAAGAAACUGGGCUUCUCACACAUCCUGUCACACACCAAGACGUACUCUCCUGAAUGGAUGACAAUUAUAUCCCGAGUCACCAUUCUGAAGAUGGAAAAAGUCAUAUAGGCCUUCCCAUGAUUUUGUAUAGUAAGCGUUAAGACGUGCAACUUUUUUGUUCUGAAGCACAGAUUAGAUGUCUUUGAGACAAUAAUUAGAUGCAAUACCGUAGGCCUAUAUUAGUAACUAGAUCGAAUAAGCAAAGGUAUAAAUAUAGAAUAAAAUGGUAUAAUGUAGCCUAUUGAAAUAUGUUUGAAAAAUAUGUAUUUUCACCAUUCGGGUUUCACACUUGUGAGUUGCGACCCCCGCAAAACAUUCUCAUGGAGGGGGGUUGGGAAACUGCUCUCUCAUUGCCACCACCAGCUAAAGAGUUUUCUUCCUAAUUGUCUUCCCUAUGACCCAUGGCUCUCCAAACCUGUUCCUGUAGGUUUUCACUCCAACCCCACUUAUAACUAACCUGAUUAGGGUUUAUCAAUCAGCUAAUUAUUAGAAUCAGCUGCACUAGAUUAGAGUUGGUGUGAAAAUCUACAGGACGUAGGUAGUUAUCCAGGAACAGAAUCGGAGAGCCCUACAUAAAUUUAUAUAUAUAUAUGACCUAUAUAUAUAUAGUAUAUACUAUGACCUAUAUAUGACCUAUAUAUAUAGUAUAUACUAUGACCUAUAUAUACUAUAUGACCAAUAUAUACUAUAGUCCGGGCUCUGUCUGGGCCACUCAAGGACAUUCAGAGACUUAUUUUGUCCCCCUACACCAAACGCGAUCACGACACGCAGGUUAACAUAUCAAAACAAACUCUGAACCAAUUACAUUAAUUUGGGGACAGGUCGAAAAGCAUUAAACAUGUAUGGCAAUUUAGCUAGUAUUGCUAGCUAAUUUGUCCUAUUUAGCUAGCUUGCUGUGGCUAGCUAAUUUGUCCUGAGAUAUAAACAUUGAGUUGUUAUUUUACCUGAAAUGCACUAGCUCUUUAACUCCGCCAAUGAAUCCACACAUAAAAUGGCCAACCGAAUAAUUUCUAGUCAUCUCCUCCUUCCAGGCUUUAUCAUCUUUGAACUUAUAUGGUGAUUGGCAUCUGAACUUUCAUAGUAUUACCAUGACUACCGGCAAAACAUUUUGUCUUUUAAUCACCCACGUGGGUAUAACCAAUGAGGAGAUGGCACGUGAGUACCUGCUUUUAUAAACCAAUGAGGAGAUGGGAGAGGCAGGACAUUCAGCGCGAUCUGCGUCAGAAAUAGAAAGGAGUUCUAUUUUAGCCCAUGGCAACGCAGACACAUGUUGGCGUGCGCGAGCAGUGUGGGUGCAAUAAUUGAAUAACAUGGAUUUCUAAAUGUCAUUUUGCAACGCUCGCGCACGCGAUGUGUCCGGUCUGGUCAGCAUGUGAGAGUCUUUAGGUGCCUUUUGGCAAACUCCAAGCAGGCUGUCAUGUGCCUUUUACUUAGGAGUGGAUUCUGUCUGUCUGUCUACCAUAAAUGCCUGAUUGGUAGAGUGCUACAGAGUCCUUCUGGAAGGUUCUCCCAUCUCGACCGAGGAACUCUGAGUGACCAUUGGGUUCUUGGUCACCUCCUUGACCAAGGCCCUUCUCCCCUGAUUGCUCAGUUUGGCCAGGCGACCAACUCUAGGAAGAGUCUUGAUGGUUCCAAACUUCUUCCAUUUAAUAAUGAUGGAGGUCACUGUGUUCUUGGGGACCUUCAAUGCUGCAGAAUUGUUUUGGUACUCUUCCCCAGAUCUGUGCCUCGACACAAUCCUGUCUCAGAGGUCUACGGACAAUUCCUUCGACCUCAUGGCUUGGUUUUUGCUCUGACAUGCACUGUCAACUGUGGGACCUUAUAUAGACAGGUGUGUGCCUUUCCAAAUCAUGUCCAAUCAAUUGAAUUUACCACAAGUGGACUCCAAUCAAGUUGUAAAAACAUCGUCUGAAUGAUGAUCAAUAAAAACAGGAUACACCUGAGUUCUAGUUCGAGUCUCAUAGCAAACGGUCUGAAUACUUACGUAAAUAAGGUAUUUCUGUUUUUUAGUUUUAAUACAUUUGCAAAAAAAUUCUAUAAACCUGUUUUCACUUUGACAUAAUGGGGUAUUGUGUGUAGAUUGAUGAGGAAUGGAGCAAAGUACAGAGAGAUCCUUGAUGAAAACCUGUUACAGAGUGUUCAGGACCUUAGACUAGGGUGAAGGUUCACCUUCCAACAGAACAAUUACCCAAAGCACACAGCAAAGAGAAACACGGGAGUGGCUUCAGGACAAGUCUCUGAAUGUCAUUAAAUGUCCUCCUCAUCCAAAAUGACAGAGCUUGAGAGGAUCUGCAGAGAAGAAUGGGACAUGAUACAGAUGUGCCAAGCUUCUAGCGUCAUACCUAAGAAGACUCAAGGCUGUAAUCACUGCCAACGGUGCUUCAACAAAGUACUGAGUAAAUGUGAUAUUUCAUUUAUUGAUUUUAAAUACAUUUUUAUAAAUUUGCCAGCAUUUCUAAAAACCUGUUUAUGUGUAGAUUGAUGAGGGGAUUUAAAAAAAAAUCCAUUCUAGAAUAAGGCUGUAAUGUAACACAAUGUGGAAAAAGUAAAAGGGGUCUGAAUGCUUUUCGAAUGCACCGUUUACUCUCAGAACAGCCUCAAUUCGUCGGGGAAUGGACUCUACAAGGUUUCGAAAGCGUUCCACAGGGAUGCUAACCCAUGUUGACUCCAUCUCAGAACAGCCUCCAUUCGUUGGGGCUUGGACUCUACAAGGUUUCGAAAGCGUUCCACAGGGACUCUAACCCAUGUUGACUCCAUCUCAGAACAGCCUCCAUUCGUUGGGGCUUGGACUCUACAAGGUUUCGAAAGCGUUCCACAGGGACUCUAACCCAUGUUGACUCCAUCUCAGAACAGCCUCCAUUCGUUGGGGCUUGGACUCUACAAGGUUUCGAAAGCGUUCCACAGGGAUGCUAACCCAUGUUGACUCCAAUGCUUCCCACAGUUGUGUCAAGUUCAAAUCAAAUGUAUUUAUAUAGCCCUUCGUACAUCAGCUGAUAUCUCAAAGUGCUGUACAGAAACCCAGCCUAAAACCCCAAACAGCAAGCAAUGCAGGUGUAGAAGUUGGCUGAAUAUCCUUUGAGUGGUGGACCAUUCUUGACACAUACAGGAAACUGUUUGAAAAACCUAUCAGCGUUGCAGUUCUUGACACAGUUAAACCGGUGUACCUGGCACCUUCUACCAUACAAACACGCUUACAUUUUUUGUCUUGCCCAUUCACCCUCUGAAUGGCACACAUACUUGUACACAAUCCAUGCCUCAAUUAUCUCAAGGCUUAAAAAUCCUCCUUAAUUCCUGCAGUCAAAUGACCUAGUGACUCAUGGGUGGAAUGUAUUUUUCAUAAUUUCAUAAUGAAACAUUAUUUGAAGUGUUUCUAUGUCAAACAAUUUUGUUAAAUUUCAGUCUUCUGUGAUGUAUAUAAAGUGCAAUAUUGGGCUGCAAACAGAAAAUGUAAUACAUUUCAACUCUAUAUCUGACAUGGUACAGGUGUAUUUUUUAAAGCCCAUAACCAUGUGUGUGAGGUGUAUACUUUUGUUUCAAAGUAGAUUUGUUUAAGACUACCAAGAAACACUGUUUGUCACCCUGAUUUAGCCUAUUGCAGUAAAAAAAUGUACCUGUCUCCUCCCCUUCAUCUACACUGUUUGAAGUGGAUUUAACAGGGGAAAUCAAUAAGGGAUCAUAACUUUCACCUGGUCAGUCUAUGUCAUGGAAGAGCAGAUGUUCCUAAUGUUUUGUACACUCAGUGUAUAUUAAUAUCAUGUUAGUCUGCAUACCUCUCCCCUGUCAGAUCCAUUGUUUCUCUCUGGACAGUAUGUGUAGUGGCGCAGUGGUCUAAGACACUGCAUCUCAGUGCAAGAGGCGUCACUACAGUCCCUGGUUCGAUUCCAGGCUGUAUCACAUCCAGCUGUGAUUAGGAGUCCCAUAGGGUGGAACACAAUUGGCCUAGUAUUGUCCAGGGUCAUUGUUAAUAACCAUUUAUUCUCAAUCUUCUUGCCUAGUUAAAUAAAGGUUCAAUGUAAAACA